AUGCCGACCUCAAAGCCAAAUACUCAGGCUGCCCCUUAUGGCUAUACAGAUACAGGCAGAAUCAGGAAGAAGCCUUUGAAAUCCUCAGUCCCACUUCCAGUUCAAAAUCAAAACCUUUAUGAGAAAUGGAGGGGUAACCGUACAAAGUUCCAACAAUACCCAGCAUGUUUUAAAGACCUCAGUCACCGGCCUGAUUCCCAUAUAGCUGUUUGGCAACAUCUACUCUAUUUUGCUACCAAAGAUCCAAAACCUCAAGAAGUUCAUGAUGCCCUUAAGAAAAUAAGGGAUCAGAAGCCCUCGGUGCUCAUGCGCUUAUGUGUUGACUACCAGGCGGAGCAUGUACAGGGAAAGAACAGUGGUUUUUGGCUCUUGAUUUCUGAACUGUUGGAACAAAAGUCGGGUGGUGUAAAGCUCAAGGACCCGCAAAAGACAGUUAGUUUGAUAGUCGCACGAAGAAGAGCUGAAGUACGUAUGCAGGAAAGGGAAAGUGGUACUGUUCAACGGGAAGAUGAACUGACGCAAAAAAUUGAUGCUUGGAUUGCACAUGAGGACCAAUUGGAGAGAAUGGAAUCGGACGCUGCUAAAGGAAAUUCAGCUUUGGCUAAAGAAGCAGAGGAAGCGGCAGUCCAUCGUCGCAAUAUGUUGGUCCCCUUAGGUGAAAAAAGGAACAGGGACGGGGAAUUAGAUUCUGAUAGGGAGGAAAGUGAUGAGAGUGUUGCGAAAGAGGUUAGAAAAAUGAGAAAGAAGAGGAGACCUGUUAUCAGUAGUGAGCGUUCUGCUGAUACACUGGCUGUUGUUGCUGGGGUGGAGAGUUUGGGUUCCGGUAUGGUAACAGCUGUUCGUGAGCUUGUGGCUUCUAGACAACCACAAGCUCACCAGCUUGUGGCUUCUAGACAACCACAAGCUCACCAGAAUGAACGCAUUGAUGGGAAGUUCUAG